AUGGUAUCAGUGUUUUUUUUACGGCUAUACACGUCCUUGAUGUUACCAGAUGAUUCUUUGCCUCUUAAGGAGUCCUGUAACCCAAAUCGUGCGGAACAAGAAUUGGACUUCGAUAUAGGGUAUUUACAUUCUCCAGUCAAUCGUAUUAAGCUACCUGCUGAAUGGAUAUUUGCAACUGCUGAUCAUGUUUCCAUUAAAGAUUUAGAAGAAGUUAGCACUGAAUUUGAUGACACCUUUCUGUGCCAUGAUAUUGCAAAGGACCUUCGACUUUUCCUUAACAACAAAAUAAAUUUUGAGACGUCUUCUUUCGGACUAACUCAACAAAUCGCCAAAAUCAUUUUGGCAAAAUAUCCUCAUGUCCCUAAAGCUCUGAUUCUACUAAUGGAACAUCGCAUUCUGCACACUCUUUUCAAAAAUGACUUCGAUGACAAUGAUUAUGAUUAUGAUGACAGUAGCGAUAUUUUUUUGCAAGAAAUUCCCAGUUAUGUGGAAAACAGCUUAAAAAAAAUUAUUGCCUGGAGUACAGACAUAUAUUAUGCUCCUAGUAAUAUUCUGGUAGUAGAUUUUCCCCUCUUAGAACAACAAAUAAUAACUGCUCUACGACAGAACAUCGAUUCUCGAGGUCUAUUAUUGGUUAAUAAUAGACCUCUUGCAGGAAAACUUGCCGAUAUUAUCUUAGUCCCUGAGGUUGGUCUGAGUUCUUUGUUAGAUAGGUAUGAUGUGGCGAUGGGAAUAAAUCGUCUUAUUCGGCAUGUUAAACAUAAACGCAGGCCCAUUAAUAUUUAUGAUCUUGAAAAUAAUAUUGGAAAUUAUAUUCUCACAAAGAUUGUAAAAGAAGAGUUAAAUGAUCAUGGUAUAAAAAUAUGGAAAUCGUUGGAGCAUGAUGGUCAUUUAGGCAUUGAUAGCAAUAAUAUAUUUUAUUAUGACGAUGAAAUGCUUGAGGAGCCACAAUAUAUUAUAGGGACGAUAGUUGUAGAGGAAAAUAAGGACAUAGAAGAAAUAGAAGAAAUAGAGGAAAAGGAAAUAGAUGAACCGAAGAAAGAAAUAGAGGAGAAAGUAGAUGAGCCGGAGAAAGUAGGUGGACCUGAGAAAGUAGACGAACCGGAGAAAGUAGAUGAGCCGGAGAAAGUAGAUGAACUGAAGAAAGUAGAUGUACCGGAGAAAGUAGAUGAACCGGAGGAAGUAGAUGAACCGGAGGAAGUAGAUGAGCCGGAAAAAGUAGAUGAACCGGAGGAAGUAGAUGAACCGGAGAAGGUAGAUGUAACAAGGAAAGUAGAUGAACCGGAGGAAGUAGACGUACCGGAGAAAGUAGAUGUACCAUGGAAACUAAAUGAACCUUGGAACGUAGUUGAACCGGAGAAAGUAGAUGAUCCUGAGAAAGCAGAUGAACCGGAGAAAGAAGAAAUAAAGAAGGAAGGAUACAGAAAAAAAAGUGUAAGAAAAGAGAAAAAACAGAAAAAGAAGAAUGAAGAAAGAAAGCACAAUGAAUACUGGAAUAAGAAAGUAGAAACAAACAAGAACGUAGAAAAAAAGAAGGUAGAAGAAACAGAGGAAGUAGAUGAAUCGGAGAAAGUAGAUGAACCGGAGGAAGUAGAGAAACCGGAGAAAGGAGAUGAACCGGAGGAAGUUGAUGAACCGGAGAAAGUAGAUGUACCAUGGAAAGUUAAUGAACCAUGGAAAGCAAAUGAACUGGAGAAAGUAGAUGAACCGGAGAAAGAAGAAAUAGAGAAGAAAGGAUACAGAAAAAAAAGUGUAAGAAAAGAGGAGAUACAGAAAAAGAAUAAUGAAGAAAGAAAGCACAGUGAAUACAGGAAUAAGACAAUAGAAAGAAACGUGAGAGUAGAGAAAAAGAAGGUAGAAGAAACAGAGGAAGUAGAUGAACUGGAGAAAGUAGAUGUACCAUGGAAAGUAAAUGAACCAUGGAAAGUAAAUGAACCGGAAAAAGUAGAUGAACCUGAGAAAGUAGAUGAACCGGAGAAAGAAGAAAUAGAGAAGGAAGGAUACAGAAAAAAAAGUGUAAGAAAAGAGAAGAAACAGAAAGUAGAAGAAACAGUAGAAGAAACAGAGGAAGAUGAAGAAAAAGAAGAGAAUGGAGAAAUGGAGAAAAAUGUAGAAAAUGAGGAGAAAGAAGACACAAAAGGGCAGGGAUACAGAAAGAAGAAUUCACAUAUGAACAAGGAAAUAGAAAAAAUCAAGGACGAAAGAACACAGAAGCAUGAAUAUAGAAAUAAAAAAAUAGAAAUAGAGAAGGAGGGAGAGAAAAAAAAGACAGAAGAAAAAAUUCCCGAAGAACCGUCAUCAACAGAAGAAUAUGAUGAUUAUGAUGAUGAAGAUUUAACUGUAGAGUCGGAAGAUGUUACAGGGACGAUAGAUGCAAGCAUAAAUAAAGAAGAAGAAGAGAAGGAAGAAGUCAAAAAGAAGAAAAAAGAAAUCGAGGAGAAAAGAAGAGAGGAAGAGGAAGAAGAGAGAAAGAAGGAAGAAGAGAGAAAGAGAAAAGAAGAAAAAGAGAAGAGAGCAGAAAGGAAAAAGGAAAAACGGAGAAAGAGGCAAGAAGAGAUGAAGAAGGAAGAAGAGAGAAAGAAGAUGGAACAGAAAAAUAGGGAAGAAGAAGAAGAAAAGAAAGCAGAGCAAGAAAAGGAAGAAGAAAGAAAGAAGCAAGAACAGGACAGCGAAAAGAAAGAAGAAAAAAAGGAACAGGAAGAAGUUCAAGAAGUAGACUCAUCAAAAUCGGAAACCGAAAAAGACAUAAAUUUUGGAAAUUUGCAAAGUAAGGUGUUAAACAGCUUGAGUGUUGCUGAGGAAUCCAAAGGUGAUUCUAAAUUAAUUGAAGAGUCACUGACCAAAUCACUGACAGCAGCUCUGAUUAAGGAGGUUCCCGCCAUUGGUAAUCAAAUCACUCACUCUGUUCUUGAAAGUAGAGUAUCAAAAAUUGUUCAACAAUUAGAAGAAGAAGGUAUUACAGAUAUUUCAUCUAAAAAAACGAAACAAUUAGUUUUCCAAAAAGUGUCAAACGUUGUCGAGAAUUUCCUUAAAACCUUAAACUUUAACGUUGUUAUUAAAUAUAGAACGAAAUUGCCUAAGGAUGAGCGAAUAGCAUGCUUGAGAAAGGUAGUUCGAAGUGUAAGUGAUGAGAUUUUCCUUAUGGAUUCAAAAAGUAUGAAUAGUACUUUGCUUGACCAGAAAAUUCUUCAAGUUCUUGAGGGAUGUAAAGUUGAGGCCCAAGUUACGGUUACCGACAAGUCUGAUAAGAACAACCCUAAGGUUGUUUCUGAUGUUACAACUAAAGCAUUCCAUGUUCGAGUUCCUCCUCUUAAGACAGGAAUUCAUCUUAAUUCCGAAGAAUCUGGAAAAGAGGAAACUAAACUUGUUGAGGAUAAGAUUUUUUCGAUUAUCAACGAAGAAAUAUCUACCAGUGGAAAAAAGCUGGAUCAAGAGGGUCUUAAAGGUAAAAUUUUGAAAGUACUUUCUGGUGAUAAGAAUGGCUAUUCUGUUAAAGUUACUGAUGGAUCAUCUUCUUCAUCAUCUUCUUCAUCAUCUUCUUCAUCAUCUUCUUCAUCAUCUUCGUCUUCAGAAAAUGUUCUGUUCAAUCUUAAAUCUGACGAUUUCGUCUCCUCUGCCCCUGCGAGGGUUCAAAGAAAGCGAAUAGUUGAGGAAUAA